AUGAAAUGUUUCACGUUCCUGCUGUUUCUGUAUCUUUUCUCUCGGUCUGUGGUCGAUUGUGCUGCUGAUGGAAAGGAAUACUUUGUGUAUGCCGACUUCUGGUGUGCCAGGUACUCCAGAGAGCCGCAGCAGGUGGAGUAUCUCAUCGACUAUUAUUUCAAUGAUGAGUUUACAAUGCAGUACAACAGCACAGUCGGGAACUGGACAGGCUUUACUCCAGCUGGAUUAAUCUUUACUCAAACAUUUAAUAAAGACCUUCGAGGGAGGAUAUUGGAAAGGAAGCUGAUAUGUGUCGACCAUACUGAUUUGUUAUUGAUUGCAAUGGAGGAGAACAUGGCUGAACCCAACAUCACUCUUACAGAGACCACCACCUCCAGUCACGACACCAUGCUGGUGUGCAGCGCUUACGAUUUCUACCCCAAACAUAUCAAGGUGACAUGGCACAGCAACGGACAGGAAGUGACUUCAGGCGUGACCUCAACCGAGGUGAUGACAAAUGGAGACUGGACCUACCAUGUCCACUCUUUCCUGGAGUUCACACCUGGCCGACAGGACAGGGUCAGCUGUGUGGUGGAGCACAUCAGCCUCAGGGAGCCCAAGAUUUAUGACUGGGACUCUUCCUUUAAUCAGUCCGAGAGGAGCUUCGUGAUUGGUGGAGUUUGUGCUCUGCUGUUGGGAGCAGUGAUUCUGUCCUUAGGACUGAUCCACUAUAGGAGGAGACGCUCUGUAAUCUGAUAGAAAACCUGUUAAAUCAGCCAGUCCUUCUGGAUAUUUCCAACCU